GUCCGCCCACAAGCGCAGAAUUGCUCGGCUUUCCUAACCAGUCACGACAGAGGAAUAGCAGAACUUCUUGAUUUAUCUAUAACUAUUGUUCAAGUUUUCAUAAGAAAUGAACUCGAUUUUAUUUCUUGCUACAGUUUGUGUGCACUUAACUGUAUAUCUUGGUACCUCGGAUGCAUGGAGCGGUCACUAUUACCAUGUACGAAGACGCGGGGCCUCAACUUUAGUCACGUACUGUGCCAGCUGGUCUUGGUGGUGGGGAUGUUCUUACUAUCGGUCAUAUUGGAAGACGCAUUAUUACCUAGCAGGUACAUGUCUUGCAGGCUGGAGACAUAAUGGAGAUCAAAAUUGCAACAUACCUAUAUGCCGGCCCUCAUGCCGAAACGGUGGACAAUGUGAACGUCCAAACUACUGCAAAUGUCCAAGCACCUCGUCCGGUGCAACUACAGGGUGUAGCACCUUAACGUGUUCAUACCAACGACCAUGCUUUCCGGGAGAUUGUAUAUCUGGAAGUACCUGCUCCUGCGAACCUGGAUUCAUCAGUCAGAGGUUAAAUGAUGGUUGUAUUGUAUUUAACACAUCUCACACUGAACUAAGCCCAAUAGUUGGCAAGAGCAACGUAACAUUAGCCAACAUCAGACGGACCGAUAAAAGAGUGAAUUUCAUGUUUAGUCUAGAAGGUCUUGAAAAUACCAAGCCAGGCCAGAAAGCAAUUAUUUGGAGCAACCAAAAACGGUUUAACAACCUACGGUUCGAGUAUGAGUCAUAUUUUGAACCACCAGAUAAUUUACCGACACGACCAAGCUAUGUUCAUGAAAAUGAAAUUGGAAUUGUGGAAAGUGUUAUCGAAGCUAAUGUUAGCAAAGUACCCACAAAGGGGGGCCUGAUCAGAGAUCACGGAUCGUUCAAACAAUACAAGUGCGAAAAUGGUUUUUCUAAUGAGAACCCAGCAAAGGAAAUAGCUACUUGCAUUAUAGAUGAUGACCAGUUUGCGACACUAAUUGAGCACGGAGACUGGUUUAACAUCAAGUUCAAAUCAACAUCUGGUGGCUUCCAGAAACUUGUUAAUAUCGACAGACAUAGUGAGCCAUAUGCGACAAAAUAUUACAAAGGUCUUCAAGAUAUUAAAGAACUCCAGUUCAAUUUCGAUUUUAUCGCCCCGAAACACUGUUCACAAUCAGGCUCGUGGGGACAUUGUGAUGUAAAUUCGACCAUUUUAAAAGUCGGAAAAGAAUUUACGAAGGAUCCGAUUGAAAUAUACUGGUCAGGCUGGACUGAUGAUCUUUCCCAGGUUUGGGAGUAUUACAUAGAGGUCUUCAAACUGAGCCCUGAUCCAUAUGGUAGACUGAUUGAAAUGGAACCUUUAUCUCCGCUAUUUAAUGCAACUAUAGCCCAUGAACCUGCUAUUGCAUACCCAACAUACAAGCCGAAUGAUCCUGGCAUGUAUAGUGUACUGUUGUUAACAAGGGACCAUGCAAAUAAUUCGAGAAUUGCACGACGUCUUGUUUUGUUUGAUAAUAAAUCUGAGAUUACUUUCAAUGAAGACCCUGAGGUUAGAUUAUAUGUGAGCUCGGCAGUUGCAGAAACCGGCUACAUGUGGCAGACGGCGGCAAAAGGCAAAGAUGUCAGAAUUGAUGUUCAUUGGCAAAAUCAUUUUAUCAACAAGAUACAUGAAGAUAACAUGCUUUUGAGCUCUGUUGAACCGUACCCAAUGCAGUUUAAAGAGAUUCAGGAUGACAACUUAUUGUUCAGUCAAAAGUUUGUCCAUGACUCAAUGGACGAUCAUGAAGGACAGCGAACGCGUGACCCCAUACAGAAUUUCCAUGGCAUUGUAAGAUAUGAAAUUGUUAAAAUAUAUACCUUGGAUGAUUCUGAGCCAACAUCCGGCUGGGAGGUUGUUACGCCGUUUCAAGAGAAAACAUCGUUCACAGAAAAGCUUGCAGAUGGAAGUAGGAUCCGUAUAUGGAUUCGUGCAACUGAUGUUAUGGGCAACAUAAAAGCAGACAGUACAUUAAUGCGCGUUGAUGCAACACCUCCAAAAAUAUCUAAAGCUGGGACAGUAGGGGCCGACCACGCCUUCACAUCGAAUGUGCAAAAUGCUACGUAUAACUAUACGUCAAGAAUAAGUUUCACAGCAUCUGACGAUGAAAGUGGAGUGCAUAAAAUAGGAUUCACAAUAACUAUCAAAACUAAUGGCAAAAGAGAUAGAGUGAUUUAUGAGGGAUAUGCAGCAGCAAGAACUGAUACGGCUGAUAACCCGUUCUGCAAGACGAUAGAAGGCAAAUGUUUCGUUCCCCAACAGCAAGUUGAUUUGGAUAAUUGUUGGUUUAUGAUUAGUAAGAGCGAUCUGGAAACAAGUUUUGCAUCCGUUAAUGUAACCGCCUACAAUCAGGCUUUGCUUACAGCAUCCACCGUUUUUGAGGUUGGACAUGUGAAUAAACUAAAUGGACUUGAAAAAUAUAAUGGACCAGAAAAUAUGCGUAUUGAAUCACCUACACCCAAUGGAUUUCGCGUUGCCUGGGAUCUUCCAGAAAAAACGUCGUGCUAUGGAAGAGCUGAAAUAGUGUUGGUACUUUUAAAGAAGACUACAAACGGGGACAUGAAAUUAGAGACGUAUUACACAUCUGGAACAAGUAAAUACUUUGAUAUCCUUGGUCUCGAUGCUGAAGCUGACUAUAUGAUUGACUUUGGAAUGAAGUUGCCAAAUGCUUCAGCUGUACAGCAGACAGGAGUCGCAUUAAGUGUUAAAACUCCUGCACAAGUACAAGAUAAAGGAACAGAUACGGGAGUUAUCGUUGGAAUAGUAAUUGGAUUUUUGGUUCUUGUUGCACUGGUUGUGGUGGUUAUGAUCUUCCUUAUAAGAAGAGGUUACAUACAUCCUGCUCAACGGGUGCGGAGUGUAAGGAGGGCUGUUACGAGGAAGGUUAGGAGACCGAGGAGUCAUGUAAUAAGUGGAAACGGUGCUCGAAGUUUUGAUAAUGCCGCUUACAAUAAUCGUCAAAGCGAAUUAUACAUUUACGGCGGAAUGGAUAUGGAGGCACCGAAGAUAUGGCAUAUAAGUAGGAAUGACGUUGUAUUUGAAUCUCUAAUCAAAAACGGGCACUUUGCCAACAUUUACAAAGCUAAACUUAGAUCCAAAAAGGGACAAGCAGGAGAUGUUGUGGCUAAAACAUUGAAAGAGGGUUUCACGCCGGAUGACGAACUACUGAUGAAGGCAAAAAUAAAUUUUACUGGAGAAAUGGUAGGGGAGCAUCCAAAUAUUCUAAAGUUUAUCGGCGCUGUCAUCAGCGAUGAUGCAAUGGGUCCAUUCAUUAUCUAUGAAUACUGUGCACAUGGACCUUUACGAGACUACCUUGCCGAACAAAGGAAUAAUGUAACUAUAGAUUUGCAAGAAAAUCUCUUUCGGUUCGGACUUGACAUUUCCAAAGGCAUGGAAUUUCUCGCUGGAAAAGGGAUAGUUCACCGACGUCUUGCUGCUCGAAACAUUCUUUUGACUUUCAUCAAUGAAGUCAAGAUUGCUGGUUUCGGACCCCAACCGAAUGAAGAGGACGGUGGUGAUGCGGGGAAGGAGAAACGGGAACGCAUACCUAUCAAAUGGAUGGCGCCAGAAUGCAUGGGAUCUACUCGUGAUGCGAAUGAACAGAGUGAUGUUUGGUCAUUCGCCGUUGUUCUUUGGGAAAUAUUUUCACUCGGAGAGACUCCUUAUGAAGGAAAAGGCGCGGACCUUCCAAGGCGGCUAAAGAAAGGCGAAAGACUAGGAAAACCUGAACAAUGUGACGACACAUGGUAUGGUGUUAUGCAAAAAUGCUGGGCGUAUGAAGCGAAGAAAAGGCCAUUGUUCCGGGAUAUCAGAGACGAACUGGACAACCUGUUUGAAGCAUCGCCUGGAGAUGAUUACUACUUUUACAAACGAUAAAAUCGAUACAGUCAAUACGACAAACUGUACAUUUUGAAUUUUGUUGCUAUGCUUGUCUGACAUUGGUUAAUGAUAUAUUGAGUCAUAUUACUUUCUGUCAUAUUUCUCCAGUACUGAAGCAUUACAAAUGUGUUAGCCACCAUAUCUGAAUACGGUCACAGCUUAACUUAACAGAAAGAAUGAAAAAAUAAUUAUAAAUACAAAACUAAAUGCACCUCCUUGCAUUUUAUAUGAAAUUUGCUUCUCCGAAGUUUAGAAAAUAUCAAUAGUCUUUGUUUUGCUCGUGCUACGCAACAUAGUUAAAUGGCAAUGAAUCAGUACAUGACAAGUAUACACUCAGUUCCAAAAGAAAGUGUACACUUAGUUUUCUGUUAUUUUUUCUCGGUUAUUUUCAUGAAAACUUAUAAUGUUUGUUACCAAAAUUUAAAUCAGUUCGUAAACAAAUUGGUGUGCAUUUUAGAUUUUGAGUUAUACCUGAGAGUUAGUGUAUGAAAAAAUGAAACAAAAACGUCGGGAAAUUUUUUGAAAUAUUUAAAACUUAAAAAGUGCACACUUUCUUUUGGAACUGAGUAUAUAGUUGUUAGAUAUCAGACGAUAUGUACACAGUUUAAUCAUCUUUCGGGUUUGCUUCAAGCAAUUCUUAUUUUACUUGCGGACUAAUUUAAAUGUUGCUUUAAUUCUCAAUUGUUCUAUUGCAUUGAUAAUAUCAAACGAUGUAAAAAAAUGUAUGAAUGAGACAGUGAAAAAAUGGAGGCAAUUAUUUUUCAGACAGAAGGAUCUUCGGAGAUAAUCUCUGUGAAAUAAAAACUCAGUUUUAAUUAGCUUUGUAUAGAUUCAUGUAAUGUAUGAGUUGUAUUUGAAAUUUUACACAUAUGAUAAUUUUAAACGCACACUAUCAUAGAUAUUACGCCUACACAGUAACUCGUGAAAAUGUGUAAAGUUUAGAACCUAUUAUUAUGUUUAAACACGUGUAAAUAAAGUAAAAGUUUUCUUUCUGUG